UUCCUUUGUGGCCUGGGUCAGUUCCGGUUCGGAUCGUAGAGCCGGAGCGGAUCAUACACUAACCUGCUGAGAGCCGAGUGUGUCCGCGGAGUGUGUUUAACUCAGUGUGUGUCUGAGAGAAAGAGUGUGUGUGAGCGGCUGUGUGUGUUAGUUGUCGGCGCGGUGUGUGUUUUACUGUGUUUAUCGCUGUGUGUCCGCCAUGGCCACCCCCGCUCUGUACGCGUGCACCAAAUGUAACCAGCGGUUCCCUUUCGAGGAGCUCUCCCAGGGACAACAACUCUGUAAGGAGUGCCGUAUUGCGCAUCCCAUUGUAAAAUGCACCUACUGCAGGACCGAGUUUCAGCAGGAGAGCAAAACCAACACCAUUUGCAAGAAAUGCGCACAAAACGUCAAACAGUUUGGAACGCCGAAGCCGUGUCAGUACUGUAACAUCAUUGCUGCUUUUAUCGGGACAAAGUGCCAGCGCUGUACAAACUCCGAGAAGAAAUAUGGCCCACCCCAGACCUGCGAACAGUGCAAACAGCAGUGUGCCUUCGACAGGAAAGAGGAGGGGCGUAGAAAGGUGGAUGGUAAGCUGCUGUGUUGGCUCUGCACUCUGUCGUAUCGGCGUGUUCUUCAAAAAACUAAAGAACAAAGGAAAGGCCUUGGCUCCUCCCACUCCAACACAUCAUCGCUUAGUGACAAAGAGCAUCGACAUCAUCAUCGACACAGCAGCUCUCACCACAAGCUAAGUGGCAGUCUGAGUCCAGAGCAGGAGCAGCGCCUGUGGGAUCAGAGCCAUAAAUCCUCCUCAAUCCAGAAGGAAACUCCAAAGAAGAAACCCAAACUAGAGCUCAAACCAUCCAACGGAGACAGGUACGCACACCUGAGAGAGCGAGAGACGGAGUACUCAGAUAUGAGCUCUUUAAGCAAAGUGACGCCUUUCUCUCUGUCUCUCUCUCGCUCUCUCUCGGUCUGCAGUAGUUCUGUCGCUCAAUCGAUGGACUCUGGAGGAACCGAUAAUUUUAUCCUCAUCAGUCAGCUGAAAGAGGAAGUGAUGUCACUGAAGCGUAUGCUGCAGCAGAGGGACCAGACCAUUCUUGAGAAAGACAGGAAGUUGACUGAGCUGAAGGCUGAUUUUCAGUAUCAGGAGUCCAACAUGCGUGUGAAGAUGAACAACAUGGAGAAGGCACACAAAGAGGCCAUGGAGCAACAGCAGUCUAAGAACAGAGAGCUGCUGAAGCAGGUCGCUGCUCUCUCUAAAGGCAAAAAACUUGACCGUAGUAGCAGCUCCCUGCUGCUACCAUAGCAAACCCCUUAUCCCCCCACGUGUGUCAUCACUGUGAGGAAGCGAAGGCCACCCUCCCCUCCGGCUGUUUUUUUUCCUCUCUGUAUUAUUAUUAUUUUUGAACACUUUGUUGUUUCAUCUUUUCAUCUGCUUUCUUCAAUCUGUUUUCGUCUUUUACUUUAAAUCUGUGUUUUGGGUGUUUUCACACCUAUAGUUAAUUUGCUCUGGUCCGAAAGAGUUAAAGAGUUAACUUGGAGCGUCUUGGUUUUGGUCCUGUGUUUCAGACUAGUUUGUAUUUUAGUGCGGUCAGCUCAUCGGAGUGUACUGAUUACUCUUCACACCUGUCGAAACAAUCUGCACCAAGACUGCCAACGAACCGGAGUCCAUUUUAACCGGACCAAAUAGUGCUGGUGUGAGAACACUUAUUUUUGUUUUAAUUUUUUUUCUCCUCCUUAUCUUUUACCCUUUCUUGAUCUUUAUAGUCUCUUUUUAAAGAAAGCUCUCUAUUUAUUCAAUUUUUACUUAAGCUUUCUUUUACUCUCCUUUAUUUUUCCCCUUUUUCAUCUUCAUCUUAUGAUGUCAUUUAUGCAGCCGCUGCUUUAGUUUUGUGUCUAUUGUUUCAAUGUUAUUUUAAACUGACUUUUGACCUUUUGGACUCCAUGAUGGACGCGGUCAGGCCAGAAUUUGGCCCUAAAGCUCAUAUGCAAAAUGUAAGCAGAAUGCUUGAGGAACGUUUGGGGAAUGUUUUCUGGACGCUGCAGGAGACGUUCCGAAAUGAACAUCGGAAACAUUGGCGGGAUUUUAUAAACAACGAUUUUAUAGUUUUAUCUUCAGCACAAACACAAACAUCUCUUUCUUUUUUUUUUUCCCCUUCUCUCUCUUUCUAGAUCUCUCUUUCUAUAUCUCCAUCUGUCUCUUUCUCUCUCUGGUGGAUGAUUGUGUUACUGCAUGUUUCACUGCUGUGUUGAUGAGUGUGUAUUUUGUAUUUUUUAACUGAUGAUUAUAAUCAUGAUUAUUAUUCUGUUGUGUUUGACUUUCUGUUAAACGCGUGCGUGCGUGAGAGCGAGCAAGUGUGCUAGUGAGAGAAUCUGUCAUACACUCCACAUUAUAGAAAUCUUUUUCUUUCUCUUCUAUUCCCCUUUCUCUCUCUUUCUUUCUACCCUUCUCCUCCUCUUUCUCUCUCCUCUAUUUCUCUUUCUCUCCUCCCUCUCCUUUUCUUUCUAUCCACCCAUCUAUCUAUUAUGAAAUUCUUUGUACUGUGAUCACACUUUUGUACAUUUAUUUUUCCCCCCCCCAAGAGGACAGACGUUUCAGGAAUAAUAAAUUUAGUAAAACCCUGA